AUACAGGGCCCCAGAACUGUCCCGUCAGAUACAGGACCCCAAAACCGUCCCUUCAGAUACAGGGCCCUAAAACUGUCCCGUCAGAUACUGGGCCCCAAAACUGUCCCGUCAGAUACAGGGCCCCAAAACUGUCCCUUCAGAUACAGGCCCCAAAACUGUCCCUUCAGAUACAGGGCCCCAAAACUGUCCCGUCAGAUACAGGGCCCCGAUACCGUCCCCUCAGAUACAGGGCCCCGAUACCGUCCGGUCAGACACAGGGCCCCGAUACUGACCCGUCAGAUACAGGGCCCCGAUACUGACCCGUCAGAUACAGGGCCCCGAUACCGUCCCCUCAGAUACAGGGCCCCGAUACCGUCCGGUCAGAUACAGGGCCCCGAUAGCGUCCUGUCAGAUACAGGGCCCCGAUACCGUCCGGUCAGACACAGGGCCCCGAUACCGUCCUGUCAGAUACAGGGCCCCGAUACCAACGGGUCAGAUACAGGGCCCCGAUACCGUCCCCUCAGAUACAGGGACCCGAUACCGUCCCCUCAGAUACAGGGCCCCGAUACCGUCCCGUCAGAUACAGGGCCCCGAUACUGA